UCAGAAUAGCAGAUUUAUUGUUCCGACACUGAAAGAAAUUGGCCUUCUCGGAAAGCGUUAAAGAAUGUUCGCUAUACCAUAUCGAAAAGCCUAAACUCGCCCAUCGUCUCACCUGUACAUAUCGUUCGUUAUCAGCUUCAAUCGCGCAUUUCAUAUUUAUUUUCAUUCUCCUACUUCCCUUCCGUCCCCUUCCGCCUCGAUCCCUAUCAAGUACGUACCAUGUCAGCUAUAGUAAACACGCCAGCAAAAAAUUCUGCCUUCUAAUAAAGAGCUUCUUUCAAUCUCCCUCUCUCUCAAAGGUCUUUGGUGUUUCAGAGCCUGCCACAUACAAAUCUUUGUUUUCUGACUUGAUCGAAUAAUCUCGUUACCGAACGUUGCGUUGCAUAGUCAUGCCAAAACUCCACGUGCUCUACAUAUGUUUCAAGGUGAAUACGUUUUGGUGCACUAUUUUAUAAUGCUCUCUACGUCAUAUGUCUGACACGUGAAUCUAAUAAAGAGCGUUAAUUUUUACAUGUGCCCAAAACGCACGAGACAUUUCGUCACCAAUAUCUUUCGGGGCCAGCCUUCUGUAACGAUCGAGUAUUUUGCAAUUGGCUCUUCCAUCACUUCGAAUUACUUUCUACAGACCAAAUUCGGGUUUAUUCGUUUAUUCUCCCAUGCAGAGCGCGCCCCGCUCGCCUCAAGACGAGCGCCGACAUUCCGCUCUAUCAACGACACUGCUUGCUUCAACAACGGAUGCCAGCAAUAUCGGAGGCCAUGUGAAAGUGACGCACAUGCAGUGUGUUAAUAUGCUGAGCGCUACGUAAAAUAUAUUGCUUGGAUAUUAGUUUUCGGACGUUUUUUUCUUGCCGUGACUAAGCCAUGGCGCUGACCCACAGUCUUUCUUACACAUAUUUGUUUCCCUCAAUUGUAUGCUACAAAUCGCAGCGUUCCAUUCUGAAGGAUCCAACCCUAGAGGAGUACAUGGGAGUACGGUGUGUAGUGGAUUAUAGUCACUAGAAAAGCAAGUUUUUUUUUUUUUUUUUUUCUAUUGUGAACUGCGCCAUGCGUUCGCUGCCAUAACACAACUCACGUGUGAAGCGUGAAGUGGGCGUCAACGCGUGUGGUUUCGUUUUCAUAAACCUUUCUGUGGGCCUAGUUGGUGCAUGCUUGACAAAUUUUUUUAAGGCGCAAUAAAGACACGGCACACAAGGAAGGUCAAACACAGGAUAGGUGCUAUCCUGUGUUUGACCUUUCUUUUGUGCAGUGUCUACUUUUCGCCUUUAAAAAAUAGUUUCAUGCCCAUCUAGCUACCGUAGUUUUCAGGUUUAGUAGUACGCUAGCCGAGUCAAUCCAAGCUAGGGUGCUUCAAAGGUCACGUGGGUUUUGUUUUUUUUCCUUCCCCAUAUGGUCGCCCACGGUUGGGACUGAGAUUCACACGUACGUCAAUGCGGCAAAGUGGAACAUUCAGACAAGCGCACUAUAAUUUCUGCCAGUGACGGAGUCUUGUACGCCGGUUACGCAGGAAGUCAUGGUGCAUCCGACGACGCUCGCUUGAGGAGAGCACCGCUGCAUUAAUCAACACCGCGAGGAAAGCGACAGCACAAGUAACGUAAGAUGGACGCCAUGCAGCAGGAUUGCAACCUGGAUCAUCUGCUGCCGCCUGAGGUAUGGAUGCGAAUACUGAGGUUCGUAGACCCGGAAGACAUCCUGGCUAUCGCGGACGUGUCGCCCCUUUUGGCGAGUUUUACGAGCGACCGCUCGGUUGUGGGCACGGUCCGUUUCUCGGCGGAAACGCUUUCGGACGACACGCUGAGCCGCUUCCUGCGGGCACCUCGCGCCGCGGCCAUUUCGAACCUGGAUCUCACCAACUGUGUCCUGCCACAGUCGACCACAAUCGAACAUGGGCUGGCACGCUGCGUCAACCUCACCACGCUUCGUUGCGUCAACUGUCGCCUGAGCAGUCGUGCGUUGUUCCAGCUCGUGCUGACCAGGCUGGACAAAUUGGAGCUUCUCCACUGGUCGUUGCUGGGCUGCCGCGAGGGCCGCGACGAGAUGGGGCCCGCCCUGAUGGUGCUUGACGCCAAGAACAGCCGGGCCACGUCGGGCAUCCGUUCAAUGUACGUCGAACUGGUCGAGAGCGCUGUCCAUGUGCACACGCUGUGCCGGCUGCUGCCGCGGUGUCCGCGCCUGCGGGACCUGCACGUGCACGUUCUGGGAGCCAGCAGCUGCGAGGGCUGUUCGCCCGGCGCCCCGACGACGUACGGUGACCGCCCUCUAUCCGAGCUCGAGCGUUUCACGUACACGACAGACGCGGCGAGAGGUCGCUGCCCUUACGCGUCGCGCUCGGCGUUCAUCGAGUCCCGCGAACUGUGGCACCUUCUGCUGGGCGACGACGAACCGCUUGUGCAGGCGUUCCGAGGCUACGCGACGCUGUGCAACAACGUCGCGCUGCGUCUUCGUCCGCGCAAGUCGCGCAGCUGCGUCCACCUCUCCGAGCUGCUGCUGCCCGCGGGCGACGAGACCACCGCCGACGCGAUGCCUCAGAUGAGCGUCACCGUCGACGAGCCGGGCCAGCUGUCGGCGGCGGCUCGGGGCGGCCGCUGGUCGUCGCUGGACGCCCUGACGCUCCUCUCGCCGCUGCCGCUGAACCGGCCCACGUUCCCGCCCGGCGUGGGGGCCCUGUACGAGGCGCCGCUCAGGUCCCUGCUGGGCGCCUGCUCGGCGCUGGGCGAGCUCAACCUCAGCCGCUUCCACUUCACGCCUGACCUGUCGUGCUGCGCCCUUCUGGCCUCGGCGUGCCUGCGUCACCUGAGGGCGCUGUCGCUGCCGGCGUGUGCCCUGGCCGAGCCCAACUCGCUCGAGGACCUGGCCCGCGCUCCGUUCGCCCUACACGAGCUGGACAUCCGCGGCAGCGCGACGACCGCGCACAGCGUGUGCGCCGUGUGCAGCGACCCGCGCACGUGCGGCGACUCGUCGCUGGCGCCGCUGGCGCUGCUGGGACCUCUGCGGCGGCUGACGCUGUGCGGCCUCAGCAACGUGCACAGCGUGCAGUUCCUGGCAGGCUGCCGGGUGCGCGAGCUGCGGCUGUCCCACCUGGGACGCAGGGGUCUCUGCUGCUACGCCCAGGGGCUGGGCACCGUGCUGACAGCCCAGGCGGGCGGCCUCCGCGUCCUCAAGAUGGAGCACGCCGCACUCACGCUCAGCUCGCACCUGCUGCUCGACCAGAUCACCAAGGCCUCAUCCCUGGAGCUGCUGUGCCUGACUUCAAACGCUCCGUUGCGGCCUGCGGAACAGCAGCAUUUGCUUGACAUGCUUGUGCCACGGCUCCCGCAGCUGCGCGCACUGCAUGUGCAUGCCCCAGGGGUGCGGCCUCUUGCACGCCGUAUGCCGGGCCAGCCACGAAUCCACUUUGACGGCAGCAAUGGCGACAAUGCCAAUCCCACCAUCGUCUUCACAAAUGAGCUCAGCAUCCUCUGCCGUGCGUCCAAUUUCAUUGGCCUCACCAAGCCGUACAACAGGGACCCCCAGCCUGUGCUGAUGGAAGCCGUCAAGGGCUGAAAGGUUUGACGUAGGGUGGCUACACCCUUCACUAGAGGCAAGGCAUGUUGGGCUUGUUUUGUUGCCAGGUGGUCUCGAAUGAGACUGCGGCAACAACAUCAAGCAUGGGCAUGUUUUUGCUGGUCUGCUACGCAGGGAUGUUACAUUUUAUUGCAAAAGGCAAGUGCAGUGAUGAUGAAGAGCUGUUCUUUUGUUGUUUCCUUAUGGGGUUUUGGUGAGAGAAGCACCGUGUGUAACAUUAAUCACUCUUAUUGUUUACCGUAGCAUGGUUUCUCUUGGAGUCUGUAAAGUAUCAGCCACGUGGUAGCAUAGGCAGUGAAGGAUUUUAUGCUAAAUGUCUGGGAAAUGGGCUCUCUUGGGUACCUUUUUGUGCGUGCGCAUGUGUGUGUGUGUUUGUGUGUGUGUGUGCUUACAAUCAAGAAAAAGAGCGAGAGAGAUGUAAAUAUUGAUUUGGCCACGUUUCAACGUGUCGUUGGAUAUAAAAUGCGAGCCACUUUAUCUUGCCUCUCCUUGUUGCACAUCUCAUGGCUCAACGUGUGCAAAGCGAAUUGCUAGUCCCGCUGCUGUGACCUCGCAGUUUUAGUGUUGUGAAUAGAAAUGAGAAGGUGGUGGAUAAUAUAGCCGUUCUUUUCAUGCUGCAAUCACGGCAAGCGCAAACUGCCACGAAGGCUCCUCACAAUAUUUUUCCGAGUCCUAGCAGAACAGGUCCUGCUAGCUUUUUUGUUUUCCACAUUUGCCUAGUUCUGUGGACUGAGGAAAAGAUGAGUGUACAGUGCAGAUCCAGUUUCUCUGCAAUGAUUUCACAUGAUCGCUUGGAAAAGAAAUACUGCACAGUCGCAGUCUUUGUUCAUGACAAGGUGAGCUUCACAGAAAGAUGGAGGCUUGAAGUAGUGAGCAGAGUUUGAACAAAAGGUGUGUCAGGUGGGAGCCAAUGUUUCAACAAGGGGACUUGUCAACCCUAGCCUCCAGGAUCGGUAGCAGGCACUCCGAAUGUUCAUCCUAACCGAAGAGCGCAUGUGUGGCGGUUCAUCUUAAGUGGAUUUUUUUUUUUAUUAGUCUAUGGAAAACUAAACAAAUGUUCUCAUGUUUGUUAUAUCCAAGAAUUCGGCUAAACCGAAUUCGACUUAAUGGAAAAUUACUGUAGUACAGUAGAACCCCGCUGAUAAGUUUUUCAAGGGACCGUACAAAAAGAACCUAAGAGCCAGAAAAUAAAACGAUUAAAAAGGAUGUCUCCAGUGGUGAACUGUACACAACUUUAUUGCUUGCUUAGCACAAAAAAAUAUAGUGGAGCAUUGUCUGCCACAUCUUGUCCCGACUGACGAGCACAAGAUGUUUUUCUAGCAUUAGCAAAGCCGCGUGGAUUUCUGGAUCAUCACUUGAACGCACGUAGCUUCUGAUCCAAGCCCCUACUGCUGGCAUAAAGGUUGGCUCCACUAGCUGCUCCUCUUCCUCCUCCUCCUCGUCAACUUCGUUGUCAAUUGUGGAGGACUCGGCACACUCAGACACGAUCUGGUCGAUGGCGAGAACCUCGGAGGUACAACGACGUUGUCUACAGAAGUGUAAUCACUGUAAGCGAUCCCGUUGGCACCAACAGCUUCCGUGGCGAGCUGGUUGCAGUCUUCAAAAACAUCGUCCCCUACUGUUUCAUUGGUGCAAGUGGCGCCGCCGAGACAUUUAGCGAAGCAAUUUGCCACUGCAGGUGCAGUGACGGCGCUCCAGGCCGCAACCAAGUAAUGCAUGGCAUCUAAGAUUGCGAUGCCUGUCGGCUGCUUCCCAUGCGCCACACUUGCCAGCAACCGCUUGACAAUGCACUUCCGAUAAAAGUGCUUCACGCUCUUAAUUAUGCCAGCAUCCAAGGGCUGUAGGUGGCUAGUCGUGUUGGCCGGAAGGUGCACGACCUUGACAUUCCGUAGCGCCAAGGUAUCUUUUGGGUGUGCGGAACAGUUGUGCAACAAAGGAGCGACUUUUCUGUCCAUGUAAGUCAGGAACUUCUCAAAGAGCGAGCUGGUCAUCCAUGCCUUAGAAUUUUUCUUGUAAUGGCAGGGCAGGUGGCAAGGGUUUUGAAAUUUUCCUAUGACCCAGGGUUUCAUCAUCUCUGAGCCAUCUGAGUUGCAGCACAGGCAGACAUUCUUUGCUGCAUUUCCCGCCAUGACAGGCCUCGCCCUUAAGGCUCGACGUCUUGUCUGGCUGCAGCUUGAAGAAAAGGCUUGCUUCGUCUGCGUUGAAGAUGUUUCUGGGUUCGUAAUCCUUAACUAUGGACACCACACUCUCUCAAUCUGUGGACGGUUGCCAUGUCGACGCCGGCAGCCUCUCUGCCGACUGAUCUGUAGCAGAUCCCAUGCCUCCUUUUGAAACGGUCAACCCACCUGUUCAACGCAGAAAAAUUUUCGAUCCCGAGUUUGUCAGCAACCUUCAUCGCUUUCUCUCGCAAUAUUGUUCCGUCAAAGUUAACAUCUGCUGCUCUGCUAUGCUUUAACCACUUGAAAACGGCCUCACCAAGGUGCAUGUGCAACGCACCCCAGCCUUGCUUGCAUUUGACGUCGAAGGUCCGGGCGUUUUCUUCAAUUUUGCCUCUUUUAGUGAUAAUGGAGUUAAGGGUAGACAGCGUUAGCCCUAACUCCUUCGCUACGCAAACCUUCUUCCCCGUUGGGUUUUCGUCCACUUUGCGCAGAAUGGUCAACUUUUCUUCCAGUGAAGGUGCUCUUCGCUUUCUUGACGCCAUAGAAAAACACAAGCGGACGCUUCCUCAGCAGGCUAGUUUCCGCCUAGGCACUGGAGAGAAGCCACUGACAGCAGCCCACACACGACUGCGGUGAGGCGAGUCCACAGCAUAAGGAAGCCAAGGCAGCGAAAAGGUGGCAAAGGACAGCGAGCGUAAGCGGGGCAAGCGCAACCACGCAACUGAUGCAACCACUGACAUAAACAAUGAUUCAAUUUCAAUUCAAUCCAAUUCAGUCUUUAUUUUCUCUUGGACAGAAUGAGACAGGACUAAAAGCUUGCAGGCUUGACAGAGGUCCUGCCGCCUGAUGGUAGUACAGUCUGCGCAGAUGCCCCCUUGCAGUUUUUUUCCUGUCGCAGAAGCGUGGCACAACAUCGUGCAGCUGAUUUUGUAGUCAAGUCGGGCCAGUCCACGCGAAAAGCCAACAUGGUCAUCGCUGCUCAUCGCUUGAGCCCGAUUGGGGCGCCAGUUAUCAACGUAGCACACGGGAGCAUUCCUGCGAUUACGGUGUAACAGCGGGGUUUCUAAUGCAUGGUAUCCUACGGGGGCGAUGCCGGCACCGACCAACGAAGACUUGGCAGCCAGGAAAACGCUGCGGCCGGGAACGUAACAGCAGGGUUUUACUGUAAUGAGCUAGUGAAAAGAGAGGAGGGGGAUAACAUGCGUAUUGGCACGAUGCACCAGCAGCAGCCAGGCUGUGUAGUGUCGGCUGACUUAUUCUUGCGGGUUAGUUCAGUGCACUUGCUAGAAGCAGCAUGGAAAGAUAUAUGCAGACCAAAAUUUGAGUACAGGUGUCUGAACAGGUUGUUGCCUUCUGUUGGCAUUCCAGCAAAAAAGAAAAAAAAAGCUAAAUAUUUUUUGUAGGGUACCAUUAACACUGUUGCUGAAUAAUGUGUCUUAAGUUGUGUUUUUUCAGUAGUGCAUCUUCACGUUGCAACUAAGAAGCGUUCUUAGCAGGCACUAACCUUAACAAUCCCCUUGUCACUCUGAUAUCCUCAGAUUCUAUGUUUUAUUGUUAUUUGUUUUGUUUUGUGGUGAAGCAAGUGUCUUGUGCUUAAAUUAAAUGCUUGCUUUAUUGAAA